UGUGACUGUGACGCUAUGUCAGUCAUCCAUCAGAAUUUUGUUGUUCUGUUAAUGUUUGUCCACCGCUUUCCUAUUUUUAAAAGCUGAUUGUGAUCAAAACAUGCCCCCUGUUCCUCCAAAUGGCUAGUUUAAAUGUUGCAGAAUGGACCCCGGAUCAAGUGGCGGACUGGCUUUCAGGGUUGGGGCCUACGGUGGCCCGCUAUAUUCCCGAGCUGCGGCGACGGCAGCUGGAUGGGGCCAAGCUGCUGACCCUGAGAUGCGACGACCUGGAAUACCUCGGCAUGCACAUUAUUGGCCAUCAGGAAUUGUUGCUGGAAGCGGUCGAGCACUUACGCAACUUUCAAUACGAAGCGCGGCGCGAGUGCGUGCAGCAGCUGGCGAUGCGGCUGUCGGCGGUGGCGACGUCGCUGGCGCGCGCGCUGCGGCUGCAGCCCGACGCGCGCCUCGACCCGCAGGCCUUGGCCGACGUCGCCAGCACCGUGCGCGCGGUGAAGCCGCUGGUGUGGUGGCUGGAGCGGUGGAGCGGGUCGGGGCUGGCGGAGCGCGCGGCGGCGCUGCUGAAGCUGGCGCUGGAAGCGUGCACGAGCGCGCAGCGCGACCGCUUCGCUGAGCAGCCGGCGCGCGCGGUGGCCGCCGCCGCCGCGCGCGCCGCCCUGCAGGCCGACUACAUUAUACAGGACGUGUGCGACCCGCUGAUCCUGCAGCCGGCGUCGCUAGAAACGGUGUCGCUGCGGCAGGGCGAGCGGCCGCUGGGCUUCGACGUGGUGCCGUCCUGCUGCGGACACCUGCAGCUCGCCGACAUCCGCUUCGGCUCGCCCGCGCACGCCUCGGGCGCGCUGCACGACGGGGACGAGAUCGUGCAGGUGUCGGGUCGCUGCGUGGUGGGCUGGGGCGGCGGCGCGGUGCUGCGGCUGCUGGCGGCGAGCGCGGCCGCGCAGCCGGCGCUGGCGCUGCGCGUGCGCCGCCGCGCGCGCCUCACGCCCGCCGCGCUCGCCACGCCGCGGCUACAUCGCCUGCACAAGAUCACCGCACAAAGAUACACGCCGUCCCCCCUGCGGGAGGAGCCGGCGCCGCGCGCGGGGUCACCGACCUCGUCCGGCAGCGAGCUGUCGCCGCCCGCCUCGCCCACGCACCACCUCUCCAGCACCAGACUAUACCCACCGCCGCCGCGCGCAGCGCCGCAGCGCCGGCACAGCAUCAGCGGCAGCAGUCCCGUCGACACGAGGCCCUCGCUCACUAUCGAACAGUUCUGGCAGCAGCUGCGCUCGCAGCGCUGGGACCGCGGUCCGGAGCCCGACCACGCCUUCUACAGGAGAGACAAGGCGCUAUCAUGCAGCACAGGGUUAGAACUGUCCCCGCGGCCGCGCACCUGCCUGGGCGUGCUGCCGGCGCGGCCGCCCCGCGCCCCCUCACCCGCCGCGCCUCCGCCCCCCACCACGCCGCCACGCGGCAAGCUGGACAAGAGCCACUCCACGCCGGCGUACGACUUCGGAGGCAGCAACGAGCCAAGUGAUCUGAUCACGCAGGUGAUACCUGAGGCUUCUAGCACGCCCACCGACAGUCCGACAAUCCUCGUCCACUCAGCAGAAAAAGCAGAUCAGAUCUUGGACUUUAAGAAGUCUAGUUCUGCCAUCGGCGAGGCUAUUCUGCAACAACAGAAAUCCCGCACGGCAGACGACGCGGACGGCACGGAGUUCCCGUUCGGAGCCAGCGCUAGCGCCCGCCAGCGCGCGCUGGAGACCCUCAACCUCGGCGUGCUGGAGCGCCGGCGGUCGCUGCACGAGCUCGACGCGCGCGGCAGGCCCGCGUCGCGCGCGCCCCCCCCUCCCCCGCGGCCGCCGCCGCCCGCCGCCCCGCCCUCGCCCCCGCCCGCGGCCCCGCUGUACCCGCCGCUGCGCGCCGUCCCGCGCCCGCAGCACGUCACGCCGCCCACUGACUACUCUCCGCUCAAGAAACACAUUGACGCCAAUCAGAUCUCUCUGCCUUUGCGACACAUCACCAAGCACGAGAUCAAACUGAUCCCGUCAGAACGUCGCGAGCUCCCCCCCAUCAACCUGGAGUCUCCGCCCUCCCCCGCGUCACCGGCGACCUCCCCCGCAGCGCCCCCGCCCCGCCGAGACGGUGACGUCAUACUCUCUCCCGCUCACACCCCGUCCUCUGCCAGCAAGAGCAUCUUCCCGACCUCCAAAUCGAGGAGUUUGAAGAAGAAGAGCUCCAUUUUAGCCAAGCGUCGCAUGGUGCCGGCGCGCGCGCUGGCCGCGGGCGCAGGCGCGGGCGGCGGCGUGUGGCAGCGCGUGCGCGCGCGCGCGGCCGUGCGCUGGGCGCGUCGACAGCUGCUGCUCGCGCACAACCUGCUCUACGCGUACCGCUCCGUCGAGUGCAACCGCGCCGACUGCAUGAUCUACCUGGAAGGCUUCACGGUGUCCGCGGCAGUGGAGGUGAAGUCGCGCGCGCACGCGUUCAAGGUGUACCACACGGGCACGGCGUUCUACUUCGCGUGCGACUCGCACGACGCCAUGACCACCUGGAUACAGCUCAUACACAAGGCCACCUUGCUGCCGCCGCUCACCGCCGCCAAGCAGACUGACAUUUCCAAACAGUUCUCCGAGACGGAUUACUCGGACACGGAGUCCGACACGGAGAGCUCCGAGCGGCGGAGCGAGCGAGACCGCGACAGAGAGAAAGAGAAGGACAAGUCCAAAUUCGGCUCUCUGAAGAAGUUGGCGCACAGGACGCCGAGGAGCGAAUCACAGGAAAGUGUGCACGCGGCCACCAGCUUGGAUCGAAAGUAUUUGAGGUUCUUUUCCAGGCAUAAGAACAAGGAUGAAACCAAGCCUUCUAAGCCGCAGCCGCAGCCGCAGCCGCAGCCGCAGCCGCAACCGCCGCAGCCGCCGCAGCCGCCGCCGCACCGCAGCGGCCGGCGGCCGUCGCCGCUGCACUACAUGCACGCGUCCAACCCCAACCUGCUGGAGUUGGAGCCCAGCGCCCUGGUGUCGCCGCCCGCGGCCGCGCCAGACUCUCUCGUCGGAUUCGUUACUCUCGAAGAGUUCAUGCUCAAGAAGCAAGAGGAAGAACGUCGCCAAGUAUACACCAACCGCGUUUUGAUGGGCGUAGAGCGAGACAGAGGACAGGAGAGGGAAAGAGAGAGGGAACGAGAGGGGAGGGAGGAGAAGAAGGCUGCCAAGGAGUUGCAGAAGAGAUUGGACAGGAUCGUGCCUGAUGUGAUCUACGGCGAAUUGCCGAGGUCGGAACAACAUAACGCUCUGGCGCAGCGACCACUGCCGGAUAUUCAGCUGAGUGCGCGGCGGCGCGGCGACGCCCAGCCGCUGUCCGUGCGCGGCGCCGACGGUUAUGAGAAGAUCGUGUACCCCGAGGAAGUGCGCCCGGGCGGCGAUGCGGGCGCGGCCGAGCGCUGGCUGCGACGCAACGACCGCGUGCACUCCGCCGCCGGCGACCGCAGCCCGGCCGUGGCGCGACUGCGGCUCAUGUUCUCGGGGAAGCUGGGCCCGCCAGCUGCGCCGUCGGUUCCCCCCCCGCCGCCCCCGCGGUCGGCCACCCCCCGCACGGUGUACCCGCACCUGCAGUGUCCGCCCACGUUCCAGCCCGAGACCUACUCCCUUGCUCGCCUUACACCCCGCGACCGCGACCGCGACCGCGACCGGGACUCCUAGCCCCGCGCCAAGACACCCGCUCACAAAUCUGAUGAAGACAUCAGUGAUAAGGACAAGUAAUAUUGCCCUUUUUAAAACAAUAACAUAACAAUGAAUUAGCUCAAGACGUGACGAAUUGGGGAAAAAGAACAACACUCGACGGCCCACACUAAGCACUAUGUAUCGCUUGCCCGAAGGUUACGAGCACAGAAGCGAGCGCAACACGUACACGACGCAGGCUCCACCUGGCGAGAUAGUGACAGGCCCUCUCACAGCUGCAGUAUUUUAACGUCUUUUUAUUAGAUAAUGAUUUGAAAUUUCGCUCAAGAGGAAUAAAUAAGUCCUAUUUAGAAAAGUCUAUUAUAUUAGAAGUAUGAUAUUUGUAAUAAUUCCGAUAAUCCUCUGAAUUGCAAAGGGAAAGAUAUUUUCGAAAAAGCAACAUCACAUUUUAACAUUAAAUAUUAAUCGUCUUUUUAAAAGUUUAUUGUUAAACCUUAGUUUUUUUAACCUGAACUGUAAAUAUUUAACUCAAUGAAUUGGCCUCAAAGCCUCGUACAUAUAUUAUUUGUUAUACAUAAAUAUACGAUGAAACAUAGAAUUUAUUACAAAACCAUUUUAAAAUCAAUAUUUUAUAUGUUCAUUUAUAUUAGUUAAUAGCGAAUAUUUUUAAAACUUGAAAAUUGGCCUUAAUUAACAUACCUCAUGUGUGACAGAGAAUAGUUCAUCCAAUAUUGUCUGUCUCUGUCUCACGUAAGCCAAUUCACAUAUCGACUUUCGAAUGAAUGUUCUAUAUGUUUUAGCUUAAAAAUAAUGUAAACUUAAUUACAAUAAGUGCAAGUAAUAGCGUAACAAAUGAAAUGAGUCGAGCGAUCGCGCGGCAGAUUUGAAAGACAAUAUACAUUUUGCAAAAAAUAUAAGAAUAAUUUAUUACUUUUUACAAAAUAAAUACAUGUCAUGCUUCCAACGAACGUAUUUAUCUAAUUUUAAUGUAAUAUGGCUUUAGGUAAGUGACAUUCAUUGUUGGUCCUAUAUCGUGCUAAAUUGUUUAUUUAUUGAUAAGAUUCGUCUAUUGAUAAGAAUGGAUGGUUUAUUUUAUCAAGUGUUUGUAUGUAUUUACGAUAUGAUUGUAGUUUGAUCGGAUCGGUUGUGAUUUUUCUCUUUUUAUAUGGAAUAUUUGCUGAGUCAGAUCGCCAGGAAGCUUGGAAUUCUCAUAACCUGGCGAGCACAAUAAAGAAUACACACGCGGUAAAUGGCUAAUUAGGUUAGGCGUCGUUGGGUCCUUAUGUAUGGAACUCUACAAUGAAAUGUCUACUUUGCAUGACAGAGCGAUGGUGCUGUGCGUAUUAAGCUUCAAUAUUGAUAAGUAAUGUCCUGUCCUCUCCUGUUUAUUAUAAAUGUAAAAGAAUGAAUAACUGAAAUUAUUAUAUUUGUUCAUAUUGUGCCCUUCAUAUCGAGACAAAAAAUAUCAGUUGAGGAUGUCCUUGUUUUUUGGAAUGAUGUUUUCAUUUACUUGAUAUAUUUGGGCAUUAAUGAGUGCGAGUGGAAAAGACUGCGUUAGUUUAUAGAGAUGUAGGUUACUGGGUUUGACUUUGACUUCGAUUUGUUUGACGAAUAUGGACGUGUUCUAUAAGCACUGAUUAUAGAAUGAAUGUGGUCGCUAUGUGUGUACUUGUACGGCGCUCGACAUUGCCGUGGUAGUGGUUGAUAAGAUUGAUAUUCAUGUUAAAUCAGGUACGACUACGCCGCGAUACUCAAAAUUAAUAUUUUGUGAUAACAAUUGAUAAAGUAGACAUUGUGUAUACAGCGGACCUCUAACUUGAAACUGGUUCCUGUUUAAUUAUUUUAAGCUCAACGAUUUCAGCGAUCAUUGUCUAAUAAUGAUGUUAACAUGUAGUGACUACUGAUGUGGACGCAGUGUCUGUGUUUAGUAAGUAUUAUGCAUAAACAUUGUUGUAUCUGUAGAUAGAAUUUUGGGAAUGAUAUUAAUUAAGAGUAUUUUUAAUAGUGGUUUGAAUAAAUUGUUUUAAAUAUUACUCUACUAAUAACGAAUACUGAAAGAAGAUUUAAAGGAUCAGAAUAAAAUAAAUCAAAAUAGAGUAAAUUAAAAGCACUAUAUUUUUUGUAAUACCUAGUUAUAGUAGACAAUUGUGCUAGACCUCGAUUGAAAAGCUCUUACCGCCCACAGCGGCAUGCCAAUAGAAAUGCGUGAAAUAUUGUUAAUAAAUGAAUACGUAGAUAAUUAUUGUUAUGGUAACACCAAUGAGAGGUUGUGCGAUGUAGUGUCGGGUAUCAUUGCUUAAAGUAAUAAUGAGUAGUAAAUGAAUUUUAACGAACAAUUUACGGCCGACACACAGACAGUACGCGUUGAUUACAAGAUCGUGUUAUAGUAGUAGGUGGCCGAACUUUUCAUUUUUAUAUAAAUGGUUCAAUUUUGUUUGCUGAACCUUGAUGAUACUCGUACUAGCUUGCUCUUCCUACAUAUAAGUUUGUUUUUAAAUUUGCCUGCCAGGACUUCUAACUUGGUCAUGUCACAGGGCAAUUUUUAUUUUAUAACCCAUAAAUUAAUCUACUAUUAAUACGACAAGUACCCACGUUACUAGCUAAAAUACAAUCGAAAUAAAUAUAUUCGAAACACAGCAGUAGUGACUCGUCCUAAUAGGUUUAAGUUUUUAAUAAAUAAUUUAUAUAUAUCGAAAGUAAUUGAAUAUGCCACUUAUGUUUAAAGUCGAUUUUAUCAUAAAUAUGUACAUCGUUUUAUGACUAACCAGUGAAUAUUUUAUAGAUAUUUAUAUUGUUGAAAUAGAUUUAUAUUUAUUUUUAAAGUUAGCCGAGUUUGUGCAUCUUAUUUUUUCUAAAAUGCUUUGAAUUUACGAAUUCAACUUUGUGAUCCAGAAGGAUUGUUUCGUUCGCGGCUCAAUGUGGUUGUCUAGAAUGUGAAUUUUAUUUUCUUCCCAGGCUCACAAGUUUGUCACCUUUAUGUGUCUUAACUGUAUCAUAAAAUCUCAUGAGUCAUCAAGUUGCGUAUAACAUUUAUAAACACGAAAGCACAGACGCGGCUGGCUUUAAAUGCUGUGUAGAUAGGUAGGUAGACAUUUAAUAAAAUUGUAUCAAAUCAUACCGCUGUGUAUCAGAUGAGAAUAAAUACAUUUUUAUACAAAA